UCUGAGAUACAAAUACACAAGCCCUCAGGGACUUCAGAGCAGAGGAAAACUAAAUACAAAGCUUAUGCACAGUAAGUGGCGACACUGAGUCCUCAGCCGACAGAUAGGCAUCAUUCAAAACAAAAGAAAAGAAAGCAGGAAAGAAUAGACACAAGGCAGACUUCUAAUUAAAGCCACAAAGCCUGAAAGUGACACAAAAAAAGCAGGGACCUAGGGUCGGGCUAUGAAGGUUCAGUCUGGGAGAAAAUCUCCAUAACCUGCAAGGUACAUCUGAUCUGACAUGCAACACACAAGUACAAAUAGGCUUUCUGCUGAGAGAAAGUGUCAUCAUGAAAGAGGGGGAGGACCAAGCAGCCCUGUGCUGAUCAGCUAAACAAGUCACGUCUUUUUUUCCUUGUGAAUGUUUUUGAGGGCAAAGAUGGGAGAAAGGAGCACCAUGCUCAGCCAAAUCUGGGAACUAAUGGCAGUUUGAGAGAAGAUGGCGUAUAUACAGCUGGAACCUAUUAACGAGGGUUUUCUCUCCAAAAUUUCUGAUCUGCUGCUCUGUCGGUGGACGUGCAGAAAUUGCUGUCAAAAGUGCUACGAAUGCAGUUGCUGCCAGUCAAGUGAAGAUGAAGUGGAAAUCCUGGGGCCUUUUCCUGCACAGACUCCACCAUGGCUGAUAAGCAAUCGUAGUGAAGACAAGGAAGGUGAUUCAGAUAAUACAGCAAGUGAGCCUCCACCAACCCCACAGGACACUUCACCGGACAGGAGAAGGUCAUCAUCAGAUACGUCAAGAUCUACGUACAGUUUAACCAGGCGCAUUUCAAGUUUAGAGUCCAGAAGGCCAAGCUCUCCACUAAUUGAUAUUAAACCCAUAGAAUUUGGUGCAUUAGGAGCUAAAAAAGAAAUAGUCCAACCGACGGUCCUGCGAAAAUCAUACACGCCAGAGGACUAUUUUCGCAAAUUUGAACCCCGCCUAUACUCCCUUGAUUCUAGUAAUGAUGAUGUAGACUCACUGACUGAUGAUGAAAUUCUAACAAAGUACCAGUUAGGUAUGCUGCAUUUUAGUGUCCAGUAUGAUCUGCUGCACAACUAUCUAAAUGUCAGGGUGAUAGAAGCCAGAGACUUGCCACCGCCAAUAUCUUACGAUGGUUCAAGACAGGACAUGGCUCAUUCGAAUCCGUAUGUAAAAAUCUGUCUAUUACCAGACCAGAAAAACUCAAAGCAAACAGGCGUCAAACGCAAAACCCAGAACCCAGUAUUUGAGGAGAGGUACACUUUUGAAAUCCCAUUUUUAGAAGCCCAAAGAAGAACUCUGCUGUUAACUAUAGUGGAUUUUGAUAAAUUUUCACGACAUUGUGUUAUUGGAAAAGUUGCGAUGCCACUGAGUGAAGUUGACCUUGUGAAAGGAGGACACUGGUGGAAAGCCAUCAUUCCAAGCUCUCAGAAUGAAGUUGAGCUGGGAGAGCUGCUUCUGUCUCUUAAUUAUCUCCCGAGUGCAGGACGAUUGAAUGUGGAUAUUAUCAGAGCGAAACAACUCCUUCAGACUGAUAUGAGCCAAGGAUCUGAUCCUUUCGUAAAGAUUCAGCUGGUUCAUGGAUUAAAGUUAGCAAAAACGAAGAAGACUUCAUGCAUGAGGGGUACCAUAGAUCCAUUUUACAAUGAGUCAUUCAGCUUCAAAGUUCCACAAGAGGAACUGGAGAACGUCAGCUUGGUAUUCACUGUUUAUGGUCACAACAUGAAGACCAGCAAUGACUUCACUGGAAGGAUAGUUAUUGGUCAAUACGCCUCGGGUUCCCCAGAAUCCAACCACUGGCGGCGAAUGCUGAAUUCCCAUCGGACGGCUGUAGAGCAGUGGCACAGCCUGAGAUCCCGGGCUGAAUGUGACAGAGUGUCUCCUGCUUCUCUGGAGGUGACGUGAGUGUGACGUGAUGCAUCAGAAGUUCACUACAAUGGAAUCGUUAUGGGUUUGGAAGCAACUUUUUCAGCUGCUUGUCAUUAAAAGGCAGCAUUAGCCUAUGUGCCUCGGUAGAAACAAAUCAUGCAAACCGUGUGUUUCACGUCCAUUUUAGCACCACCUAUUUGUCAGUGUUCAGCACUAUUGUUCAUACAUCGUGGCCUGGAAAAUCCAUUCAAAUGUUCUCUCCAUCUGUCACAUGAAACAGACAUGGGGAUGGUUUCCAUUGAAUGUGUGACUGGCUCUAGCAAUGAAACCUGACUGCGUUCGGUUAACACAAAACAUUACAUUCUCUGGUACCAAGGGGAUGUUGGUACUUGUGUUCCACUUUGUGACUGUACUAAAUGACAAAAAAAAUAUUUGUAAAAAAAAAUCUAGAAUUUGUGACAUGUAUGAAAUGCAGUUUUGUCCUUGUACAAGUUAAGCACAGUACCUAUAAAUGUAUGUGUGUGCGAGCGUGUUAGUGUACAUAUCUAUAUUGCUAUUUCUGUUUCUACCAGACAAAAAAAAGCUCCUUGUAUACCAAUAUCAAGAUGGAAAUGUAUCAAAAUAUAUUCAGCUAUAUAAAUCAAGAUAUAAAUUAAUUGUAUACUAUUAUAAUAAAGAGUUUAUGUAUGUGAGAUCAGAUGCAGGACACUGCCCAGUAUUCUAUGGGGUCUGGCGGUUAUGUAAAUUGUAAGUGCUCCAAGCGAAACAGCUUGCUCUAAAACACUGCAAAAUACUGUAUAUUUCAUUACAAAUGUGUAGUCUAACAAUGUAUAUUUAUGAAAAAUAAAUAUAUAUUUAUUUGUGCCAUCAA